AGUUGGCUGUGGUGCGCAGAGCCAGAGACACCUCAGGCUCUGAAGUGGGCAGGAACCUGGACGGACAGGCCAGGCGGCUAGGCGGCUAGUCCGCCAGUCCGUCUUCAGCUAUCUUCUGCCUGACCAGCAGACUGAGACUGGUAGACUCCUAGAUUUCCAGUCCGUCUCUGGAUUCUAAGGUGGAACCAGGAGUUUCUGUUUGCAAGGAUUUGGAAAAGGACUUCAGUUUCUAUAUCCUUUAUGGUCCCUUGAGACCUGCUUAAUUUUCCCCAAACAAAAAUGAACACUUCCUUCAAGGGAGUGUCUCCUUUCCUGUCACAAAUGGAAAGUGCCAUUGAUUGGCUCGGAGAAAAUGUCAGUUGGGUUCCAUCAAUAGAGGAUCAAAGCUGCAAUCACACAACCCAGAAUGGAACCAAUAUCUCCAGUGCAGAAUGGGGAGGGCCAACAGGAUCAGUCAGGAGAUGGCUGGGGGGCAAUCCCCACAUCAUGGCAAAGAUCGUGCUGACAUUUGCAUACGCUGUCAUCAUAGUGAUAUCUCUCUUUGGCAAUUCCCUGGUAUGCCAAGUUUUUGUCAAGCACAAGGAAAUCAAGAAAUCAACAGGCCUUCUCAUCUUCAAUCUGGCAAUAUCUGACAUUUUGAUAAUCCUGCUCAACAGUCCAUUUGCUCUGGCUCGUUUUCUGAGUGGACAGUGGGUUUUCGGUAGGAUCAUGUGCCAUGUCAGUCGGUUUGCUCAGUACUGCUCUCUCCAUGUUUCAACUCUUACACUGAUGGCAGUUGCUAUGGACCGGCACCGGGUAAUUCUGCACCCAAUGAAACCAAGGCUAACCCACUCCCAAUGCCUAUUUGUUGUUGCCAUAAUCUGGAGUAUUGCAGUGUUCCUUGCUCUGCCUCAUGCGAUUUACCAAAAUCUGUUCACUCUCGUCAACAUGGAUGGUGAUACCAGGAGCUACUGCCUCCCUUCUUUUCCUGGACCCAACGUACUGGUUUCAAAGUAUGUGGACCUCGGGACAUUUAUCUUGUUGUAUAUCCUGCCACUUCUGGUGAUUGUUGUAACGUAUUCUCACCUAGGAAAGAGGUUGUGGAUUCAAAAUGCUAUUGGUGAUGCAUCUGCUCGUCAACUUAUGGCACACUACCAGAAGCGCAAGAAGAGCAUCCGGAUGUUGAUACUUAUUGUAUUGGUCUUUGCAGUUUGUUGGUUUCCACUUAACUUCUAUGUGGUUCUUAUUUCCAAUGCAGGUGUAGAAAAUGACAGUGUGCUUUUCUAUGCCUUUCAUUGGUUUGCAAUGAGCAGCACCUGCUACAAUCCUUUCAUCUACUGUUGGCUCAACAGGAGCUUCCGUGCCAAACUAAGAUCUAUAUCAUCUUUCAGGAUGCAAUCACUGUUUGUGUGUAGUAACUCCCAGAUUCAGCAAAUAAAACCACAGGAGAGUCAUGAGCUUAGGGAGCUCCAGACGUCUUCACUGCUACGAGUUCCCCUGGCUGUUCCAGAGCCCCAGGUUUUUGAGGAUCCCAGUUUGGCUACAGGGGAUAAUUCCCAGGUCUCUGUCCAAGGGGAAUGGGAAGAUCCAGAUCCCACUCUAGAUGAGGAACCAGGGCCUUCAACUCGGGAUACUUACUUUUGUAUCCACAUGCAGACUAGCAGUCACUAAGUUGGACAACCACCUGAUCCACUGGAAUCUUACUUAAUGAGUACCUUGGCACAGACAAUUUAGUCAGAGAUGGGACAACCUUUAACUUAGAUGCUGAGGACCGUGUUUUAAUAUCAUGUGCAGCCUCACAAAUCCAUUUAUGGUUUUGAUUCGUAGUUCUGGCAGCAGAGCUCUAAUUGAUUAAUCUGCUGUGCCAUACUCGAGAAAACUGAAUGUGACAUACCCUGAAGGAAUUUGUUGACUCACGUACCUUACUUACUUCGCAGAUGUAUUUAUGAAAGCUAGAUUUCCUGAAUAAGAUUCUUUUUUUGCCUCCAGUUUUGACAUGUGAUUAUCACUAGUAGAGAAAAUAAGAUGGAGGAACCUUGGUUGAAAGAUAUCAGUGUAAAGGAGUCACUAGAAAGACUACAUGGUAGCCCCUCUCUGCCAAUAGGUACACCUUCCUUUUCUUCACUGCCCUUGUGCACCGACUUGGUGCUGUUAUAUGAUUACUUUCUGCAUCAACUUAGUCUGAGGCUAAUACUCAUGUUAAGGAACAAGAAAUACUAGUGAAUGACUCUGAACUUCUAUUACCCCAUCUUUGUAAAUGUGACUGUAAAACUCAGUCUGUACAGAUAUUUGACUUUAGACUGAUUUCCCCAGCUUCAGAUAUCUCAUCUUGUGUAUAAACUGUAGACUUUAUCUGGAGGAACUACUUGAUAUUUGUACUAGCUAAUUUAACUAGUGUAUACUGGCAUAUGUGGUCUCUGAUGAAUUUAUUGACAUUUCCUAUUAGAACUGCCCAUCUGAGUUGACUAUCCACUGAUUUGUGGUCCUAUCUUUCCCCUAAUAUUUUCAAUAACAAAUAGAUUAGCAUUUUCAACCCCUAAACUGCUCCCUAUCAACUACAAAUUUUUGCACCCUAAAUUGGAACAUGACAUAAUCAAGUGCUUACAUGUACAUACAAGCAUACAGUUUUAUGUUAACACAGAUAUAAGCAUGUAUAUAUUGCUACUUGUUACCUCUCAUGCUAUCUACCUGCCUGGUGCUCUCACUUAUUUCUACCUGUAAUUUCCAUGCUAACUGAGCCUAGAUAAGAUUUCAUGCCUUAAAGUGAAGUCUUGCAGGCUCUGAGAUUGUGGCAACUUUUUGCCUCUGGAAUCAGCAUUUCUUUACAGUUGGUGCUUCACUUCUUUCUUUGAUUUUAUUUUAUGUUUUUUAUGUUAUAUAUCUUCCUGUGAAAGUUUUACAGAUUCAUAAUCUGAGUUGUGCUCUUCUGUGCUACUUCCAUUCCUUUGCUGUCUCUAUGCUUUCCCCUAACUAUGUCACAUUGUCACUAAAGGCUCUAGUUUUAUUUCUCUUUCUCAUAUACAGCAUUUCAACUCAAUUCACUUUAUUUACCAUUCUAUAUUUUUUGUAAAUUAUAUCAUUUUCACAUGCUGGGUAUGGUAUAUGUUCUCAUUUAAACAUAUCCCUGUAGAUUCCAACAUUGUCUCCUUUCAACAUUUCACCCAGGUGCUCACUUUUCCAUAUUUCUUUGUUCUGGGCUAUUAAACUUGGAUUUUGGUUGCUGCCUUAACCAGAGGUUCACAACUUCCUGUGCUGAGGCUCAUCAUCUCUUCAGUAAUUGAAGCCUCCUCAUUUCCGGUGCUUUGUUCCACUCUAGACUCUAUUUUCUGUUUGCUUCCCCUACUUUGCACUCCCUUCUCUCUCUCAAUCUCCCUCUUCUUCUCUCUCUCCCCUUCUGUCUCCCCAUCCCUCGCCCUCCCCCUCCCUCUCCUUUUCCCUUGUUCGCUCUUUCUUUCCUUCACUCCUUCCUCUCCUUGGUGUCUUGCUCAGUCUAAUAUUAACUCAUUAUUCCUUUUCCAGUUGUCCCUGUAUACAGAUCUCCCUCCUACAGUUUCAUAUACUUUUAUUUUUUGGUCACAGAAAUUUCCUUCCUUCCUAGGACAGUAAACAAACAUUCUUGUUUGUGUGUCUUAUGUUGUCUUAGAAAAUCCAUCAGAGGGCACCAUGUGCUAGGAUAUUGAGAAGAGUCUAACAGUUUCCUUGAGAUCUCAGCAUUCCUUAAUGAGAUUGUUCUUUCUAGCUGAGUUGUUUGCUUAUAUUUCCUUUGUGAAUAGUUAUAAUUUAAUAUCUGAUUAUAAAUGUAGGUAUUAGUAUCUGCUUAUAAAUUGAAGAGCUAUAACAUUGUGAACUAAUUUAAGCUAACUUUAUGUAGAAGACAAAUUUAUUCAUGGCCACAUACUUUACCUUAGGUAUGGGACCUUUGGUGAUCUAAUUGAUUUACUUUAGCAGGGAGUAGUGGCUCUAAGAAACCUGUUACUGAAAGAAAUCUAGCACAUAUUCGAUUUGUGUGAUAGGAACAGUGUCUGUACAAGCAAAAAGCACUUUGUGCUUUGAUUUUGAUGUAAGGCAAGAAUUCCCUAUAGUGGAAACAAGCCCAGGAUUCAGAAUAAUGGGACAAGGCUUUUUUUGUUCUUGAGUCAACCAUUUGUGUGACCUUAGGAAAGUCAUGUGGCCUUAGUGUGCCCCAGUUUCCUUGUCUAUAAAAGGUGGAUAAUAAUACCUACUACCUUAUAGGGCUAUUGCCAGAGUUAUCUGUGAUAACAGGUAUUAUUAUUGUUGUUAAUAGGUUCAUUUUCUUGUUACCCACCUUGUGAUUAUUGCUGUUAAUAUUACCCUAAUUGUAAUGUUACUACUAUUAUUGUUAAAUAUUGUUAAAUCGAUGUUGCUGUGCUCCCUUGAAGUGCAGACCAGUACACAGCUAAGAAGGCUAUGAAGAUAUUUAAGAAAAGAUUACUUGAUGUAUCUCAUUGGGCAAGCUUCUACUGCCUGUUUCGAUUACUUGAAAUGAGAUUAGACAGAACACUGCUGAGAAGAAGAGCUUUCCAGAGCAAAGACAGGGACACUAGCAGAAUUCUAGGAGACUGAAAAAUAAAGAAGCACAAGCUAAGUAAUAGGCAAAUGAAUGAUUUUGAGUUAGUUCCUCAGUAGGCUUUUCUGUAUUUUAGCAUUUCUGCUCUGAGAAGGGUGGCAGAUAAGAAAUCAAAAGAGAAAACUUGAAAGAUGUAAAGUGUUUACAAAGUACAGAAAUGACACAGGGUUUCUAUUCUGACUUGUCAUCUCUUUUCUAAUAAUCUCCCUCUAUUUAUGACUCAAUGUGAUUCUCAAUAAUUGUAUUACAUAUUUAUAUUUGUUAAUGUUUUAGAUAUCAUAGUAAUAUAUUAAGCGUAAUAGUACUCAUUUAUGGUGCUCUUCUAAAGUGUGCUUAAAGUGUUUUAUGGUGUUAUAUUUAACCAUUUAUCUGCCAAAUAGUUCGCAAACUGCAAAAAAAACAAAAAACAAAAACAAAUACUGUUUUAUUUAUGUGUGCUUGUUUUUAUGGAAUACUGAAAUUCCCCCAAAGAAUGAUUAUUGAUGUUGGACUUUGGAACAGGUUAUGUUUGAGGGAACUGUUCUGCUUGACAACCAGCAAGGGUGAAUUAUAAAGUUCUGGAGCUCCAAGUUCUACUCGGAAGCUCUACUCAGAUGAUCUGUUCAAAUGUGGGAAGGGUUCAAAUGAAGGGUUUAGAGGUGGCUGACUCUGAGAUUAUUUUGUGUCAGCUGGGUUUUGUACUUAAGUAUAUUUUGACUGGAAUAAUUUUUCAAGUGUUUAAAACUACAGAUCUUUGUGAAUCCUUUGUGACUAUGUAUGUGCUCAAUUAAAACUUAAUAAAGCUAAAUAAAGU